AUGGGGCGACGGCCGGCCGGCCGGGGAGGCGCUCAGAGCCCGCUGGGGCUGGGAUCAGGGCCGGCGAGCGGCUGCGAGGGGCCGGCCGCUGGGAGAGGCGCUGCGGAGCCGAGAGCCGGGCCGAGCGGGGCGGCCAUGGGAGGUCAGAGCAUCGCGACCCGACGGCGGCGCGGCGGGAAGGGUCACCUGCUGCUCCUGCUGCUGCUGCUGCUGCGGGCUGGAGGCGGCCUGGCCAGCCGGUCUCGGGUCGGAGGGGGCGGCGGGGCCCUCCCCAGAGCAGGGGCCAGCCCGGCACGGCAUGCAAGCCCCGGCUGCGCUUCUCCCCCGGAGCGCUGCCACGCCAGACACAUUGGGAAAGAAAGAAAGAAAGAAAGAAAGAAAGAAAGAAAGAAAGAAAGAAAGAAAGAAAGAAAGAAAGAAAGAAAGAAAGAAAGAAAGAAAGAAAGAAACUGGUUCCAGAAAGCAGCGGAUGAGGGAGAGGCAGGUAGACCGACUCCAAUAGGAGGACCGAGGCAGAAACGAGUGGAAGGAAGGGAGGAAGACUCGCCCCAAGACCAGAGGCUAUGGGGGGACGCGUCCCCACGUGAGCAGAGGGGCUCUGGCCCCGGGGCCUCGGCCAGCAGGGCUUGGGAUGGGGGCCGGCCCACUUCGCGCCUGCUGGUAGGUGGCUUCGCUUUGCUUCUUUUCCUCCCGGUGGGGCGGGGUGGGGUCGCCCUGGGGGAAGGAAGCCGCCUGCUGGGCCGCUCCCGGCCCUGCCACCUGCCUGUGAUCCCUGGAAACAAACAGGCCGACCAGAUCUGCGAUGGGGACUCCAGGGACGGGGAGAGGGUGCCGGCCGCUGCUUCUGGGGCGCCGGCCUUGGCAAGCAGAAGGCAGCUACCCCCCCCCCCCGCCCUGCCCCCCCAUCUCGGCCUCGGGGACUCUGGCCGGGUUGCAACAGGCACCAGCUCCGGCUUGGGGUUCCUGCAUUGUCUGGCCCAGGAAGGGAAGGGCGUGUCUGAUCACACUUGGCCGGGCCCCCCCGGGACGCUCCGACACUCGCCGCCAGUUAGUGCUACUCUUGGCGGACUCUGCGCCCCCGAUAGCCGGCCGGCCCGGAACAGACAGUCGCACCUCCCCGACGACAUCUGUGGGGAAGGGGGAAAGAGCCCCUAAAAUUGUGGGUUUUCCGGGGUUGUAUGGCCGUGUUCCAGUAGCAUUUUCUCCUGGCGUUUCGCACAGAUGCAGGCGAAACGUCAGGAAAAACAUGCUACUGGAACACGGCCACACAAAACGGAAAACCCACAACCCCCUAGUGAUCCCGGCCGUGAAAGCCUUCGACAGCCCCUCGGGUAUUUGAGAUGCGCGGAAUCGCUGCACCAACCGGAGCGCAGACGCCUCCAGUCUGCUAAGCAUCGGUCCCCGGGAUCUCCAGCUGCUGUCGCCCCUACCCACCCACCCACCCUGCCGCCUUUUUAACCCUUUUUCAACCCGGGGGGCAGCGACCCCGCGACUCAAGGCUCGGCUCAGCCCUUCAGCGCCAGAGAGCGCAGUUCUGCUCGGGCGGCCUUGAACGCUUUGGAUGCCGCGACGCCCCAAAACCGCACCUCUGGAACAGGGAUCCCCCAAAGAACCCAAGGAAACGGGGGUCAUUUGAAGCUCGGAGCGGGAGGGUGGCAUUGGCGAGGGGUAGCGGUAGAAGUCCGCUCGGACGCCUCCCGUUCUCCUUCCUCGGCGCCUAAUUGUGCGCCUUGGCUUUGGCUCUCAAGAGCGAGACUCAAGGUCGGGUCCCUCCCUUGGAGACUGGCGACCUGUUUCCCCAUCUGAUAAGAAGGGGGCUCUGCUGGGAAACUCGAGUGUGUCCAGGGAAAUAGGAUCCAGCUUUGGGGUUAUUGGGGUUUGGGGUUUGAGAAGGCCUCAAUCCAGGAAGCUGGGGUCGGGCUCCUAGGCUGAUUCCGCAUGGGUAAAAAAAAAGCAGUGUGAAAACGGUGUGAAAAUGAUGUAAAAGGGUUUAAAACAGUAUAAAAGGAUUUAUACUGUUUUCACACCGUUUUCACACUGCUGUUUUUCGCCCAUGCGGAAUCAGCCCUAGAAAAAGCUCUGGAUUUGGGCUGUACAGGACUGGAGUGCGCCUUCCCCCCCCCCCAAGGUCCCCCUCCCUCGCUUUUAUGUCUUCUUUUUUGUUACUUGGGGGGGGGGGGAAUCUCUGGACAGUUUAAGUUUCAUCCGUUUUGGUGGAGGUAACAGAGGGGAGAUCAGAAAGAUGGAUUUUUACGAGGAAAGAUGAAGAAUAGUCACGCGUCUUCCUUGCCUGGAUCUUCCGCUGCGCCCACUUGCUCGUGAGGUGCACCCCGGGCCUUAGCAAAAGAAGGUAGUCUUCUAAACUCGUAAACUCCGCAUAAAUGUUGAUACGGAGCAGGCAUAAUACUGAUUUCUUGACGUGCAAAUAAACGUUGGACCAAAAACGUGUACGUUUCACAGGAAUAAUUUAGAGCAAGAAAGCAACUUUACUGCACAAAAAAAUACAGCACCAGCAAUCUGCAUAAGGGAGAAGAACCCCAGGACUGCCUUUCCCCUGGCUGCUGGUUGAAAAACAAGAACUCAGACACAUUCAUGAGGGCAGCUGGCGAUCCCACUGUCUCAGGAUAAGGAAUAAACUAUUGGAGGUCAGAUAGACUCCUCCCUAAUUAUUCACAGGGGUACACUCUAUUCUCGAAGAUUGGUUCUUUGCAACCUGAGACCUGGCUCACUUCGGUUACCCUUAAAGAACAUUUCAGGACUCUUCCUCGGGGUUGCAAUGAAUCGCUGCUGCUUAAACUCGUGUUUAUUUUUUUCCAAAUGCGGAUCCAGUGGCCUUUAUUGCUCCUCAGAGAAACCUCCUCCCCAAGAACCACCGCUGUUACGAGCCCACCUGGGAAAAGCACUUGUGAAUUGUGAAUUGCUGGUGAUUUACUUCCGUUCAGAUAUUCACCAUAAUGGUCUUUUCCUUUCUCGCUUUGUUUUUUAAUUAUUCAUAUUUGCACAUCCAUUUCACGUUAAUGGAGGGGCGGGACUGAUGGUUAGUGUGGGUGGGAAUUGUUGGAGCAGAAGAUGGAAUAGUUGUCGUGGAUUCUUAAUCAUCUGUUUAAUUGUUCUGGGGACUUUGCUAAAAAUAUAGCCAUGUAUUGGUCCAUUAUUUGCAUAGCAACUGAGAUACGGAGGGAGCAUUUGUAGAGGCAGCUCUUCCCCUUCCAAGAUCCUAUAUGGAAUGUUCAGCUUUAUAAACCUAAGCUAAUAGUUCUCUGGAUGGCAGGCAAUAUUUAACAGGCACCAUAUUUGGAAGGAAGCAGGAACUGAAUGUUCAGUAAUGUUUCUCCUUAUUCACUCCCAAAUCAGUUGCAGCUAAACAGUUCUAAUCUUUCCUCAGUGUGGCCAGCAACCAUAAGCUUUCAUGGGGCUCUCCCUUGAAUCCUCUUCAGUUGCUUACUGGCCUUGGUUGCAUAUACAAAUGAAGUGCAGAUGACUUUUUCAGAUGGAUGGAGACUAACGUCUCUCAAACAGAGGCAUAGCUAGGGAAAAUGGAGGGCCCCCCAAAUGUUCGUUUGGGUUUUUUUGUAUUUUUUAGUGUUUUUUCAGUUUUUGGCCUGCAGGGGAUGCAGUUUUUAGACUAGCACCACCACAAAU